AUGGAAACUGCAAGAGGGGUUUUGGUGCAUCUACGCAACUUCAUCUGUUUCGUGCCUUAUUUCAUUAGUCUUCUUCUUGUUGGUGUUCUUAAAGGAGUCAUUGUUGCCCCAAUUGUCUGUGUGGUUAUGACAAUUGGGAAUUCUGCGAUUGUUUUAGGGCUCUGGCCAGCACAUGCUGUCUGGGCUUAUUUCUGCAUUUUAAGUGCUAAACGAUUAGGACCAGUAAUGAAGCUGGUGGUGUGUAUUUUGGUCACCCCACCUUUGGCUUUUUGGCCUGUUUGUGUUGUUGUGGGUAGUAUUAUUGGUGGCAUAGCUUAUGGCUUUCUUGGACCAGUUUUUGGCACUUUUAAAGCUGUUGGUGAAGGGAAGACCAAUAAGUUUCGUCAUUGUCUUAUUGAUGGGAUUUGGGAUACUAUCAAGUGGAGUUUAACGUUUGUUAGGGACUUAAAUGAUGUAUGUUUGUAUUCGUACUUCGCGAUGAUGGAUGAUCUCCGAAAACAAGACCCUCCAGGGGGUAGAAUUGAGAUUAGGUUGGUUUAUGUUCCUGUAGCCCUUUUGGUUGGGUUGUUAGGAUUUGCGGUUGAUUUUCCAGUGAUCACGGUCAUAGCGGCACUGAAAAGCCCGUAUAUGUUGGUUAAAGGGUGGCACCGAUUGUUUCAUGAUUGUAUAGGUCGAGAAGGCCCGUUUCUGGAGAGUAUAUGUGUGCCAUUUGCGGGUCUUGCGAUCUUAUUGUGGCCUUUUGCGGUGGCUGGAGCUUUGUUAGGAUCCAUGUUGGCUAGCAUCUUUCUUGGUUUUUAUGCAGCUGUUAUUGCUUAUCAGGAGUCAUCUUUCUAUCUGGGGCUUUGCUAUAUCGUAGCUUCGUUAUCAAUCUAUGACGAAUACAGCAACGAUAUUCUUGAUAUGCCUGAAGGAUCUUGCUUCCCAAAGCCUAUGUACCGAAAGAAUGCUGGUUCACAACCCGGUUCAAGAACAUCUUCUUUCUCGAGGCCGGUUUCCUUCAAAAACCCACCAUCUCGGUCCAGUUCUUUAUCGAGCCCCAUGACCGAGUUGAAGCCAUUGGUGUUGCUUGAUAGCUUAUAUCAAGAAUGUCGUCGACAAGGGGAAUUGAUGGUUUUGGAAGGAUUAAUAACCAUUAAAGAGAUCGAUGAUGCAAAAUCCGGCAAGGCUAGCGGAAGAGUGAUUAGCAUCGGUCUCCCUGCAUAUUGCCUCUUCCAAGCACUUCUACGAUCCGCAAAAGCCAAUUGUACCGGUAUUCUAUUAGAGGACAACGUUACAGAGAUAACAUCCGCAAAUAGGCCGAAAGAUACGUUCUACGACUGGUUUCUGAAUCCUCUUUUGGUCAUCAAAGACCAGAUCAAAGCUCAUAAUUUGACUGAAUUGGAAGAGGAUUACUUGGGCAAACUAGUUCUGUUGGGUGGUGAUGCCGAGAAAACGAAAAACUCGAACAUUGUCCCGCCGCCCGAGUCCGAGCUCAGACUGGCCGAACUAGGUGCAUUGGCUCGAAGACUUCAAGGAAUCACGAAGUCGAUAUCAAGAUAUCCAACGUACAGAAGACGUUUUGAGAGUAGCAUAAAGGCGAUAUCGGAAGAACUUGAGCGGAGGAACAACGGACGUGGAUCGGAAACUACGUUCGGUCGUAUGUUUAGUAACCAGAGAUCUUUUAGAACAAAAACGAGUAAUCGAGAAGAUGAUCAAGAGGCUGAAAGAGAUGAUGUUGUAUGAUUGUUAAAUCUUACUUGUAUUCUUCUAUCUUUUAAUCGAAUAGAUGCGAGGGCAAUAUUGGUAUUUAAUAUUAUAAGGAUAUUUUAGUCAUUUCGUAAGUUAACAACGAUUUUGUAUUUAUACCUUCGAGGUUGCGUUUGGUACAAGUUACAUUA